AUGGAGGCCGCCAGGAUUGAUGUGAAGGAGCUGACGAGCCCAGAUGAACACGCAAGGCCACAGGCCCACUACGGCCGCAGGGCGUUGAUGGCUGUGGCUGCGGCGAGCACCCUUGCCGUCUCCGCCUUUGGCACGGUUCUGCUGCUCCGCUCGCCGGCUGCCACGGGCGUCGACUUGGUGCACGAGUCUGUGGCCCGCAAGGUUCCGUGCCCAGCCGUGGCGGCGCUCUUGGCGAAUGGCGACCUCGAGCAUCUGUACGAGUACAAGUCCGCCGCCGCAUCGCCGACCGGCAGGCCACAGCUUUGGCUGAAGAUCGCGCAGGUCAAGGAGGCCGUCUCAAAGCUCGGCUUCGAGGAAGAUGUUUCCACUGGCAUCGGCAACGGAAUGAAGUUCUCCGUCUUGAGCGAGGUCGCUCGUGAAGGCCACGCCUUUCCCACGUGGACCGACGGCGACGGCGACGUCCACCUCGACCUCCUCAACCACGAGGCGAUGGGGAUGGGGCACAAGGUUGACACAGCCAUCCGGGACAACGCCGAGAAGCAGCCGUCCGAGCUUGCCUUCGCCGCUCUGAUGCGCUCGCCGAUGGUGGAGACCGUCAACGGCGAGCAGCGGGUGACCGAGGCAGGCGUCGCGCGCUGGUACGAGAUGAUGAGGAAGAACGACCCCGCACGGUUCGCGGCGUGCGAGCAGGCCGCUGACGCGAGCAUCGCCGCCGCACGAAAGAAGGUGGCUGGGUUUCACGGGUGCAGCGACCCGAGGCUGCACGCGUUCGUGCCGCUGCUGCAGGCCUUUGGCCGGGACAGCGAGGAGGACGGGAGCAAAUACCUCACCGCGGCCGACAUGCGUCGCCUCUACCUGCUCAACGAGUACCCCGAGGGCUGGGUGCCGACCCCGGUGCCAACGGCGCGGCUCCAGGCCGCGCAGGCGCGCGCGACAGCGCUGGGCGUGGCGAGGCGCCGCCUUCAGGACUACGAGUCUGACCCGUUGUCGUGGCUGUGGCAAGGCUUCAUGGACAUGCCCAGCCCGGCCGAGCCGGAGCAGCAGCCGGCCGUCCCGACCGUCUGCGGCGCGGCGGUCGCCAACGCCGACUGCCAGGGCCAGCUCUGGGGCCCGACCGGCGACAUGGGCAUGCACUGCUACGCCUACAAGGAUGCGUGCGCGCUCGACAUGGUCGCGGGCGUGUGGGACGCCGGGUCUAAGUUCGACAUGGACAAGGACCCGAGCCGCUGCCACGCCGCCGACAAGGUCUUCUACCUGUGGAACGAGCCAGACCAGUGGCAGCGCCUCCUCCCCGGGGCUACGUACGACUACAAGUGGGCCGCCCGCCAGUGGGUCACUUACGCGCGCCGCUGGUCGCGCCAGAUCACGGACAUGCGCCGCGACGGCUUCCGCUUCACGUCGCCGUUUUUGACGCCUGAGGGCACUACCAAGGCGAUCGCAGACUUCUACGAGGCGUGCGGCACCGGGUGCGAGGACAAGGCCUCGCCCGCGUUCAUCGACACGAUCGCCGUCAACUCCUUUUGCGGGCCGUGGUCGGCGCGGGACGGCCGCGAACAGCCCACCGAGCAGGACUGCCGCGCAAACGUGGGGGGAGUCCUGGCCGAGCUUCAAAAGGUGCCGCAAAUUAACGGGGAGCGCGGCUCGCUCCCCGUCCGGAUCACCAACUGGGGACGCGUCAACGGGCACGGCAGGCUCUCGCCGGACGAUCAGCUCGCGGCGAUGGACGCGACUGACGCGUGGUUUGGGGAGGGGUCGCCCGUCGAGGCGGUGUACUGGUUCGCGCAGACCUUUGGCGGCCACAGCCUCGACGCGACGGACUCGUACAGCGUGACCGAGAUCGGAAACAAGCUCAGCCAGCGCACCUCGUCCGGGCGCACGCUCGGACAGGUGUGGGAGGAGAAGUGCAAGGCGCUCUGA